AAUAAGUUCCCAUCUGUGUGUUUUCUUGUAGAUUUGCCGAUUUCUUUGACGUACAGAGAAAUACAGAUAACAGGACAUACAAUUCCUGAUAUAGACUUUAUUUCAAAAUGUGAAGAGGGAAAUAUAAAGUUUGCGUUGACCAUGUCAGGAGUGGAACUUGAAAUUUUAGAGUUUAUUCGCCCUGAAAAAAAUAGCAAGAACUUAUAUAUAACUGGUAUACCAUGGAUGCAGGAAGCUGAAAUAAUAGAUAAAUUCUAUCAACUAUUCACAGUCUAUGGUCCAGUUUAUGGUAUACGUCUGUGUCCGGCUAGUAUAAAAAUCUCUCGACCAGUCUCUGAGCCUGACACACCUCCUUUCAACAGGACCGCUGACACCAACAUAGACAAGUCAACUCCCCCUGUUGAUCAAAACGAGCCAAAUGGGUACUACGCCUUCGUGACAUUUUAUCUGGCAAUGAGUGCUAAACGAGCCAAGGAAAAUUUAAAAUGUCGACUUGUAAUCCGAGGGAAUGAGUGUAAAAUUUCAACUGCUAAGAGAAAGAAGGAGAUUACUAGAGCCGCUCUACACUUUACGAAAUGUCAGGAAUUGGCAAACCAGUAUAUAGGUUUCAAUGGCUGGUCCACGACUAUCAAACUGUUAGACUGUGACUCAGAGGAACAGGAAGGUGAUGUAAAGAAGUUGCGGUUUGUGUGUGUUGUCGAACUAGACCUAACUGUCCAUGGCUUAAGCACUGCUGGUCUUGGAGCUUGGGAGGAAGCUUGUCUCACCAAAGAUCCCACAAGCAGAGCCAAGGCCAUUUGUAAGGCUAAGAAGCUGUCCUACCAGAGAGCUGUAGAAGAUGCUUUCUCAAGAGUCCUCCUCAUUGUUCUCAGCAACGGCAAAGUUUCUGUGGAGAUAGACACAACUAGACCAGACGCCUUACUGGCACAAAAACAAGCUAGCACAGAACCUGUUCUAAAGAUUAAUGAAUUAGACAAAGAGCCACAGGAGGAGCAGGAGGAUGCAUCUCUCGAGAUGGACGACAUCAAUCUUCACAUCCUUCACCAAUUGGAAGAGGAGAUGUAAAACUGAUCAAGGUCAUCCUAAUGUUUGAAUUACUCCUCCACAUCCUUUAAUUGGAAAAUUAGAUGUAAAUCUAUCAAGGUCAUCAAGAUGUUUGCCUUACUCCUCCACAUCCUUUAAUUGGAAGAGGAGAUGUAAAUCUGAUCAAGGUCAUCAUGAUGCUUGCCUUACUCCUCCACAUGCUUCAUCAAUCGGAAUAUUAGAUGCAAAAUUUAUCAAGGAUUUUCUUAAUGUCUGCCUUACUAAGCAAGAGGUUGGCAGUAAUUCAACAAACGUUUUAUGUGGCUCAAGGAAAGUUAAUACAUGUAGUGACCAUCAGCAAAGGUCAACAGCCAAAGGUCAACAGUAACCAUGUUAAAAGUGAACCUUGAACAGCAAAAAUGUAUUGUUACAUACUUAAUGCCAAUGGUAUUGAUUAAACAACCUUGAAGCAUGGUCAGUUGGAAACUUCUGACUAUAAAGUAAAACAUUGACAUUCAAAAAGUACAAGUGACCCCCAACUGGAGUCAAAUGUCACUAAUACUGGCCAAUAAUGAUCAUCUUGCAAGAACCUAGUUAUUAUGAUAAAUAUAUAUGUACAUGUACUUCAUAUAUAUUCUUCAACUUUGAUGGUCAAUUUUUUGUAAGUUUAAUCAGGGACAUAUAUCUUAUUAUACGUCCCUGGUUUAAUCUAAAAUCUUCAUGCAAAUAUUUUUCUGUAAGAUUGCAAGUCAAAAUAGUUUUAGACUACAAACAGGAAAAAGUGGAAAAUAUAAUAUCAUUUCUACAUUGUGACAACUUACCCAUAUUAGUAAACUGUUCAUUGUUAUUUAAUAUUUUUAUUUUUGUUGAAUUUUUGUCCAGGGAAAUUGUUAUCAAUAUAUGUUUUUCAUAAUUCAAUAAAUAUUCUACACCUGUUGAUGAAGUUCAAUUUUUUCAUUGCGAUAUAUACAGCUUUCAUAUAUUCAUCUUAUUUGUUACACAAACUCAAAAUUAAGCCUUGCUUUCUUAAUUUCACAUAAAUAUCAUUCACUGGUAAUAUAUGUCAAUCAAUUUAAAAUUAUACUUCAAACUAUCUUUUUAAGACACUUUACCGGGUAUUGUGCAGGAUGUCUUGAAAGGCGAUAGAUAUCAAUGAAUUUAAGGAAGUCCUGGUUAGAUAAUGAAGCUUGAUGAAGGAUUAUCAUAGCCCUUCAUCAACUCUGGCAGCUAAUGUGGCUAUUGUUGUAAAAAGCAACAAAUAAUACAAUGAUGUUUGUAACAAAAAUAAAAUUUUAAUGAGCACUUCAAUUUUAUAAUGAAUCUCACACACCAAUCUCUACCAUACACUUGUUAAUUUUGGGAGAGAUUGACAGGCACACAUCAAAUAUUUCAUUCUCAAAUUAUCCCGCAUAUUAGUAUAAUUUCAAACUAGCACUGCAAUGACCUUCAAACAAAACUUUAUUAGGCAGGAAAUAUGGUUCAUGCAAAAAAUGUUGUCUAUCAAGAAAAGAUUGAAAUUUAGUAUGUAUGCAAAAUUAAAGACAUCAAAAUGAAUAUUUCUGACAUGCAAAAAAUAUGACUUGCGCAUGAUUUAUUAAAAAGAAUUUGAAUAUGAACUAAGAUAAUUUGUUUAUAUAACUACAACAUUGAUAAAAUUCGGCAGAGAUAAUAUAUAAUUUGGACUGAUUGAGAAGUGAAUUAUCUUUUUCACAUUUCAUGGUCACAUUUAACAAAUAGUUGAUGAUAUCAAUAUAACGAGCCAUUACAGAUUUGGCCUAUAUUGAUAUGUACCAGGUAUUCUCACCUGGAGUUGCUUCCUAUAAAACAGUAUUUAUACAGGCAUAAAGUCUUCUAGAAAUAGCACUAUCACGGUAUUUAUACAGACAUAAACCCUAGAAAUAGCACUACAUUGUAUAACAGUAUUUAUACGGACAUAAACCCUAGAAACAGCACUAUCAUGGUAUUCAUACAGUUAUAAACCCUAGAAAUAGCACUAUCACAGUAUUUAUACGGACAUAAACCCUAGAAAUAGCACUAUCACAGUAUUUAUACAGGUAUAAACCCUAGAAAUAGCACUAUCACGGUAUUUAUACAGACAUAAACCCUAGAAAUAGCACUAUCACAGUAUUUAUACGGACAUAAACCCUAGAAAUAGCACUAUCACAGUAUUUAUACAGGUAUAAACCCUAGAAAUAGCACUAUCACGGUAUUUAUACAGACAUAAACCCUAGAAAUAGCACUAUAACAGUAUUUAUACGGACAUAAACCCUAGAAAUAGCACUAUCAUGGUUUAUAGUUAUAAACCCUAGAAAUAGCACUAUCACAG